CAUUAAUUGAUAUUGUAAUAAAAUGCAUAUGCAUAGUUUCACUAAGCAACAUAUUUUCCAACUCAAAUUUUUUUCCUCUUUAAAUCGAAUGCCGACAUUACUGCUACAAUUAUCAUAAAUUUUGACCUUGUUUAAACAUGUACGUACAGUUUUUUCUAAUUACUUAAACAUUUGUUUUUACACGGUCCAUUUAACAUUAUAUAAUAUGUACGUCGUUGUUAUUUUAUCAGGUUACAGUUUUAUUGUGUUGUAUUUAGAACUCGUCGAGUGGAGGUUAGACGUGAUGUUUCUCAGAAGAAUAUUACUACUUAUUUUUUCACAAACAGCAUACUCAGCACGAAUUCUUGGACUAUUCCCAUUUCCUGGACUAAGUCAUCAAAAGUCAUUUGAUCCAUUGAUGAUUGCACUUGCAAAGAAGGGUCAUAAUGUUACUGUUGCUACAUUCUUUCCAUUAAAUGAAAAACCAGAUAAUUACGAAGAAGUAAGUCUGGAAAGCCUUGGAGUUCUACGAUUGGAAAUGCUCAACAUCGGAAAAUAUGAAAAUCCAAGUGGCAUUUAUCGAGUACCAUUUGUUGGAAAUAUUAUAGACCAAGUGAAUCAGUUGACGUACUACGGAAAUGUUGGUUUCGAGAUUUGUAAGAAGAUUGUUAAAUAUUCACCAUUUAUAGAAAAAAUGAAAUUUCAGUACGAUCUUGUAAUAACUGAACAUUUUAUAAGUGAAUGUAUGAUGGGUUUAUUACAAGCUUUUAACAUCACUGUACCAGUCAUAGGAAUGUCUUCGUGUUCUGCACUACCGUGGACAUAUUCAGAAAUGGGUGCUGAGAACAAUCCGUCAUUUGUUCCAAUGGUGACUACAUCAUUUUCAAGUCAAAUGAUAUUUGCUCAACGUGUGGAAAACACAAUCAUAAAGCUAAUGUCAAUGUGGCACCGCCGAAAUUUUAUAGAAAAAGAAAAAAACUUCAUAGAAGAUUUCUAUCAGAAAAAAAUUAAUCAUUUUUACUACAAUCUAAUAUUUCUUAAUGCAUUUAAUGUUCUUCAUGGAGUCAAACCACAAGUGCCGGGACUAAUCGAGAUUGGAGGCAUCCAUUUGGAACCUUCAAAAAAGCAACUCCCAGAUCAUAUUGCGAAAUUUGUCAAUGAGUCAACCGACGGCGUUAUUAUAUUUAGUUUAGGCUCACAGACAAAAUCUACUUCUUUAUCUGAGAAAAAGCAAAACAUGCUUAUAAAUGUUUUCUCAAAACUUAAACAAAGAGUGAUUUGGAAGUACGCUAGUAGUGCAGAAAAUGGAACGUUUUUGGGAAACAAUAUAUUAAAAAUUAAAUGGAUGCCGCAGUUAGAUCUUUUACAGCAUGAAAACGUUAAAGCGAUAAUAUGUCAUGGUGGGAAUUUGGGUAUGAUUGAAGCUAUAUAUGCCGGAAAACCAAUGGUAUUAAUUCCAAUUCUAGCUGACCAAAGAUCAAACUCUGCUGCAGCAAAACAGGCAGGUGUAGCUGAAGUGCUAUCCUUAAAAGAUUUUGAUGAUCAAGAUUUAACCAAUGCAAUACACUAUGUCCUUAGCAAAGACGUUCAAGAAAAAGCUAGUGAAGUUUCUCAAAGUUGGCGUGAAAGGGAGAGUUCACCCUUAGAUACAGCUGUAUUCUGGACAGAAAAGGUUAUACGAUGGGGUCAUAAAUUACAAUUGCAUUCACAAUCUAGAGAUUUACCUCUGUAUCAAUAUCUUCUGAUAGAUAUUAUGGCUUUUCUAUCUGUAUCGCUUAUUUUAACUAUAGCAUCUAUUCUAUUUAUAUUGAAGUUGAUACUUAUACCAGUUAGAUCUUAUAUGUAUUCAAAAGUUAAGUUGCAGUAAUAAGCAAUAUACAGAAGUGUAAUAUCGAUACUAGAAAACAUAUUAUGUAAUCAGGUAAGUGUCGCAACGAUUUAUGUUUCAAUUUGCUUAGAAUAAUAGCUGUUGUUGAGAGAGUUUACCUUCUUUGAAAUGAAAUAUUUUUUUUGUUUGAAUCGUGGUAACACAUUUAUUAAAUUAUAUUGUAACCCGAGCCGUUGCAUCUUGCGGUGACCUUGACGUCGCUUGACGCUAAUAGGCAAUCUAUUCAUCGCGCGGUUUGCCACUAGCUGCCCGGCCAGAAGUUAACAAUUAUUGGUAGAUGCACAGCACAAUUUGCCAAUAUGUCGGCAUACAAAUAUUUGACUGUCAAUAUUGGAAUUUUUAUAUUUAUGCGUCAUAAAUACACAUUGCAUAGCUAUAAUUCAAUAAUAAAGUAAACCACCAACUUGUACCACUCUCAAAUAAUAACUUUUAAAUACCAUUAUUUUUGUCUAAAGAAUUCUUUUAAACUAUAGAAACAUUUAUCUAUUAGCCAUAAUUUUAAUUUUUUAUGCAUUAUUGUUUUAGACAUCUCUCUAAUAUUUUUAGAAAUACAUUAAAGAGCUCAAUACACAUAACAUUUGCGUUAUUUUGAUGAAGCGCUGUUAUGGCAUCAAAAGGCGAGUUGGAUCUCUUAAUCCUAGUAUGGAAAAGUCCUUUGCUGGUUUAAAAAGUUCACCAUGUUUUUAAUGAACAACCUAAUUUCUUAUAAUAUAAAGACUAGUAAGCGUUAACAGACGAUACUUUUUGAAUAAUGGUCUACACGAUUCUAGAGUACUGACAUUCCAUAAAGCUCUUAUACACUUUUUUUGUGCCAGAAAAACAUUUGAAAAAUUAGUGAAGUUUAAAUAUAUUUGUUGUUUAAUUUUUUUAAUCUCCAAGAGAACUUACUAUAAGCGAUACGUGCAUGCAAACUAAUCAAAGAAAAAACAAAUUAUAUCGCAAUGAAGUCACAGAUGAUAACAUUUGAGGCCGAUGUUUACGCAUAGAUAGAUUUAUGUGCAGUUCUCGGAUCACCUUUCAUAUUAUUAUUAUGUAUAAGGCGCCUGCAUUUCUCUUGGUGUUAAUGGCGAUCGACCCCAAAACCCAUUAUCUGUGCUUAUAGUAAAUAUUAUAUAAUAUUAAACAAGAGUGGGCCAGGGUGCUAACACAAGUUGAAUGCCACAUCAGUGUUCUUCCUCGGCGUCAAUGAAACUAUGUUAAAAAUUUAAUCUUGCUAUCCUUAUAUUAUCAUAUACCAUUCAUUUACAGAAUACAUUAUUUAAAUUUGUUAUUAAAUUUUAAGAAGAAUUAUGGAAAUUAUUGUGUCCCUACAGUUAAAAACCCCUGAAGAAUAAUAGAAUAUAGAGAUUAUUUACCAAUGA